GGAAAUCUCUUGCUCGAUACAAGAUUUGGUGCGUGGUACUCCAAUGGCAUUGAGUGAUAUUCCCUUGGAGUUAAAAAGUUUCAAAACAAAGAUGAUGGACGCUAUAAGGAAUCUUCUCGGUGUUCCCAUUGCUCCACCUGAUCUGGCCCCUACAACCACUCUACACAAUCCUACAUCUAAGGACAUGGAAUCUGUGGAGCGUACUGUUCGUAAUUCAGCGAGAGUUCCUGAAGUUGCUGAUGAUGGUGUUUCUGUUGAAGGUAUUGUUAAUGCAUUUCCAUCGGAUCUUGUAGCUGUUGAUACGCACGUAGAUGCACCGGGUAAGGGAGAAGUUGCAAAGGAUCCAACAUUGAGCAAUGUCAUCAUCGCUUGUAGCCUUGUGCCUUCGCCCAAAACGGCCCAAGUAGCAGAUGUAAAUCAUACGCAAGCAGACAUCUCACUGUUCUUUAAUAUCAUCCAGUCCUCUGCCCAUGCGAAUAUAGUGGAGUCCGAGCAUUGGGUUUCACCGCCGGUAGCUAAGUUUGUAUUUGCUCUUCUCUCUUAUGUCCAUCGCUGUACUCCAAUUUGCAGGCUUAAUGAAGAUCUAUCAUCAAGUGGGCAUAAUCUUUGGGUCAACAUUUUCUCUCCAGUCUCGAAGCAUGAGUGGGAACCUCCACCUUGUCCUAGGACAAGUUUCACUGGAAAUGUGUUUGAAGGCCUGGGGCUUCAAGCUGGAGCUUCAAACCUUUAUUUUUAAAAUUUUUUUAAUACACAUUUUUUUAAAAGUAAAUUAAUAAGAAUUCAUUUAUUAAUUAAAUAUAAACAACAAUAAUACAUUAAAUAAAAAAUUACACUAAUAAAAAUUAAUUUAAUAAUAACAAAAUAAACAAAAAAAUUUAAAAUUAAACUACGAAUAAAUAAAUGAUUAUUUG